UGAGAAAAUGGUCACCAGUCAAAAUAGUAUCUAGAAAAAGCGCGAGUUGAGGCAAUUCAUUCACUUCGAACUCAGAUUCGUUUUGGCUCAGAGUCAUGGCACCUAGGCCACCUCCUCCUCCCCUUACAACCUUAGAUAUGCCCAACCUGACUAGGGCAAUCGAGUCUGUGGCAGUAGCCCUUCAGCAAUAGAGUGAUGCCAUGAUGCAACAACACCAAAUGGCCCUGCAACAUAUGGAAGCUACUAGGCUAUGUUUUGAGACGACUCAACAAUGUCAUCUGGAUGCAUUGAGGCAGUUGGAGGAGAAUAGGACAUCAAUUGGUUCUUCGCAUGUUCCACCUCCUCAAGUUGAAUAAUGGAGUUUGGAGAACUUUCUACAACAUCAUCCAUCAAAGUUUUAUGGGAAGACAAGCCCAGAUGGGGCAGAUCAAUGGUUAAGUGAUAUGGAGAGAAUCUUUGAUGCCAAGAGGUGUCAGCGAAGAACAGGUUGACCUAUUCCGAGUAUCAGCUCUCUGGAAAAGCGGUACAUUGGUGGGCUAAUAUGGAGGCUAAUGUUAGAAGAAGGCGGGGAGAACAUCACCUGGGAGUUGUUUAAAAGGAACUUCUAUGCUGAAUACUUCCCUAAUAGUGUGAGAUAUGCUAAAGCGGUGGAGUUCUUGCAACUGGUGCAAGGAAGCAUGUUAGUGACAGAGUAUACAGAUAAGUUCAAGCAUCUGAGGUGUUUCUAUACCUUGCCCAUGGAUGAAGAAUGGAGGUGUAGGAAAUUUGAGAAUGGGUCAAGAGUUGACAUGAAGAUGGUGAUACUGCCACUCUCUAUUAAGGAGUUUCCUGCUUUAAUAGAGAGAGCCAGAGUGGUGGAAAAGUUGAAGGUUGAGAUUCAAGUUCAACAGAAGCAACCAUAAAGAGUGGAAGGACCAUUUAGGUCAAGAGCGAGACAGGAUGAGAGGAAGAAACCUUACUCUAGACCUGAUAGUGUGAGAUAUGCUAAAGAGGUGGAGUUCUUACAACUGGUGCAGGGAAGCAUGUCAGUGACGGAGUAUGCAGAUAAGUUGAAGCAUUUGGGACAUAUUUAUACCUUGACCAUGAAUGAAGAAUGGAGGUGUAGAAAUUUUGAGAAUGGGUUGAGAGCUAACAUGAAGAUGGUGAUAGUGCCACUCUAUUAAGGAGUUUCCUGCUUUAAUAGAGAAAGCCAAAGUGGUGGAAAAGUUGAAGGCUGAGAUUGAAGUUCAGCAGAAACAACCAUAGAGAGUGAAAGGACCAUCUAGGUCAAAAGUUGGACAGGAUGAGAGGAAGAAACCUUACUCUAGACCUCAGCCUUAAGGGUUAAGAGGGAGUUCUUCCCAGCAGCAGUUUUAGCAGAGCAGGGUUCAGUGUUAUGUUUGUAAAGGACCGCAUCUAAGGAGCGUUGUCCUCAGAUGGCUGGUUAUAAGAGAUGUAACCAUUCUGGUGGAGAGGGACUUUGCUAAGGAUUGUCCUUCUAGCAUAAGUGUUGUAGCUCAACCUCAGUAGACAUCUCAAUAGAAGAAGAGGGGUGACAAACCUCAGGCUACAAGGAGGGUGUAUGCUAUGUCUGGAGUAGAGGAAGUUUGAUCAGGUAACCUUAUUGUUGGCAGUUGUGUGAUAGCCAGUAGGAAUCUUAGUGUUUUGUAUGAUUCUUGAGCGACACACUUCUUUGUGUCAGAAGCUUCUGUUUAAGAGUUGAGUUUACUUGUGGGAGAGCUACAGUAUGAUCUUAUGGUAUCUACUCUAGCCUCUGGUUUGAUUAAGACUCGCUGGGCAAAGUUGAAGUCAGAGGGCUACUGACUUGGUAGUUGUUGGGCGAGAAUAUACUUGUUGAGCGAGACGAAAGUCAGAGAGCUCACUGACUUGACAAUCCCUAGGCAAGAAUAUACUCGCUGAGAGAAGUCAAAGUAAGAGAAUUACUAACUCGGUGGUCGUUAGGCACCACCAGAGUUAGAGAGCUCAUUGACCUAGUUGUAGCUCAACAAGACAAGUUUCGCUGGGCAACUUUUGUGAGGAUUUAAGUUUAUAAGUUCUAAUGAUAUUCUCGUUGGGUGAAUUGCCAGGUCGUUGGGUGAAUGUGCUUUCGGACACUACACAUUGAGCGAGUAGAGAUUCUCGUUGAGCGAAAUUAUCAUAGUCUAACUAAUUUUCAUGUCUCUUAUUGUAUGUUUAAUGUGUGAUUUUGUUAAUGUUAAAAUGAUUAUUGGUUUAUAAUGUAAUAUGAGAACGGUUCGGACUAAUCCAAGGAGUAUUAGUGGUGGUUAAAAUAAUGUGUGUAUUGAUAUAUGGAUUCUGUUUUGAGAGCUAUCUUGUCGUUCUAAUAACCAUAUAAUCUCAACUAGAGAUGGGUGGGGUAUGUGGUGAGAGGAGCAGGUGGUCCUAUUCUAGGGGUUUUACCUUGGCAAAAAAUGUUAACGAACUAACCUUGCGUGUGGUAUGGUGAAACCCAUUGGUAAUGGCGCAGAGGCCACUACAAGUACAAAACUCUCCAGGGUGAAAGGACUUUUAAUUAUGGGAAAUGCAGAGUCAAGUGAUUCUCAUGCUGAUUUUCACCAGCGACCCCGGUCCUCUGAAGGAAGUUCAGCAAAUACUAGCUACCAAUAUCAUCAACCCCCUUCCUUCGUUGGAAGUUCAGCAAGUGCUAGUCAUCAAUAUCAUGACCACCCUUCCUAUGAUGAAAGUUCAAUGAAUACUAGCUAUCAAUAUCAUCAACCGGUUCAACCCUCUUUAUAUGCUGGGAGUUUGGUGAAUACCAAACAUCACCAUAAGCAGCGACCCACAUAUAUACCUGACAAUUUCAGUUCAUUGGAUCAGGUUGUUUCCGCUUUGAGAGAAGCUGGUUUGGAGUCUUCGAAUCUUAUAAUUGGUAUUGACUUCACCAAAAGCAAUGAGUGGACAGGAAAAUAUUCUUUCAACCAUAAAAGCCUUCAUUAUAUUGGAAACACUCCUAAUCCAUAUGAGCAAGCGAUCUCUAUUAUUGGCCGUACUCUCUCUUCGUUUGAUGAAGACAAUCUGAUCCCAUGUUUUGGAUUUGGUGAUGCAUAUACACAUGAUCAGAAUGUGUUCAGCUUUUAUCCCGAUGAUCGCUAUUGUCACGGUUUUGAGGAAGUACUUGCACGCUACCGAGAGAUUGUGCCACACUUAAAAUUGGCAGGUCCAACAUCAUUUGCCCCUGUAAUCGAUGCAGCAGUUGAUAUUGUGGAAAGAAGCAAUGGUCAAUACCAUGUUCUUGUCCUUAUUGCUGAUGGACAGGUUACCAGAAAUUCAGGCACACCACAUGGAAAGUUUAGUCCACAGGAAGAAACAACUAUUAAUUCCAUUAUUGCUGCAAGUCACUAUCCCCUCUCAAUUAUUUUGGUUGGAGUUGGAGAUGGUCCAUGGGAUGAAAUGAAGAACUUCGAUGAUAGCAUUGCUCAGCGCUUAUUUGACAACUUUCAGUUUGUGAAUUUCACAAAGAUCAUGUCUGAAAACAAAGAUGCAUCAAAGAAGGAAGCAGCAUUUGCACUUGCUGCCCUUAUGGAAAUUCCAAUUCAAUACCGGAUAACCCAAAACCUUCAACUUGCCAAUGAAAAGUCAAUUAGCUAUCAACGUAAAAGGCCUCUUCCUCCGCCUAAGGAAGUAAUAGAUCGUGACAAUGCAGUUCUAGCAGUUCCAAAAUUUGAAUCAGUUGAGCCAUCAGGUCCAGCUACGGUAGAAUCAGCAUGCCCUAUUUGCUUAACCAAUCCGAAGGACAUGGCUUUUGGAUGCGGUCAUACAACUUGCAAGGAGUGUGGCUUGACAUUAUCUUCUUGCCCUAUGUGCCGGCAGCCAAUUACAACUCGUCUGAGACUAUUCACUUGAAUUUGGACAUUUCUUAUCACUUCAUUCAUGUUUAUAUUUCCGCUAUUACCUGUAUAAGAAAUCUAAUGCACCUGUAAAAUCUCCUUCACAAGAUGUACAGUAAGGUUUGUAUGUACAGUCUUGUGUUUGUGUUCAAACAAAAAUGUUUAUGUUCAUUGAAUUUGAAAGUGUUUGAAUAUCUAUCCCACAAAUUUGAGACUUCCGUCUUAAAUGGGGACAUUUUUUUUUA